AUGAGGUUCCCACGACUCCCAACUCGGAGCUGGUCAGUUCCACGCACCACCAGGCCGAGCAGGGCUCCGCGACCGACGAGAGAGCCUUCAAUAAACAGCCCUUCUGCAGUGUAUUCUUGCCCUCGGUAUAGAUGCUAUUCUGGGGGUGCCGUCGUGUCUGCUGCAGACCUCAAGUUUGGCCAACCCGUUUACGAGACUCACCCUCAUAUUCUCAAAGCCGGAGAACUCACGCCCGGUAUCACUGCGCACGAGUAUGCCGACCGCAGGGCAGCUCUUGCCAAGUCCAUGUCGGAGGGCAGCGUGGCGGUACUCCAUGCCGCUCCAGUCCAGUACAAGUCCGGCGCAGUUUUCCACCCCUACAGACAAGAGUCGAAUUUCCUCUGGCUGACUGGUUGGAAUGAGGAUGACGCUGUCGCCGUCAUUGAAAAGACGGGUCCCAACUGGGGUGAUUACACGUUGCACAUGUUUGUCAAGCGCAAGGACCCCAAAGAUGAGCAGUGGAACGGGUACCGCAACGGGGUUGAAGCCGCCGCCGACGUCUUCAACGCCGAUGAAGCCUACUCAGUAGACUGCGUGGAUCGUGUUCUGCGAGACCUGCUCCAAUCCGCUCGUCUGGUGUACACCGACAGCCAGCCCGCCCAAGACCCCCGCAAGAACCUGCCGUGGAGCCUCUUGUCCGGCAAGGAGCCGGGCCAGCCGGCGCGAUUGCCGCUGCAUCCGCUGCUGAACAAGCUGCGGGUGGUCAAGAGCGCGGCCGAGGUGGCCAACAUGCGCAAGGCGGGCCAAAUGUCCGGCCGAGCCGUCACCGAGGCCAUGCGGCGCGGCUGGAUGAGGGAGAAGCACCUGCACGCCUUCCUGGACCACCAGUUCGUCCUGAACGGCUGCGACGGCCCCGCCUACAUCCCCGUCGUCGCGGGCGGCGACCGCGCCAACUGCAUCCACUACACCGUCAACAACAACACGCUCGAGGACGGCGAGCUGGUCCUCGUGGAUGCCGGCGGCGAGUACGGCGCCUACAUCACCGACAUAUCGAGGACGUGGCCCGUCUCGGGCAAGUUCAGCGCCGCGCAGCGCGAUCUGUACGAGGCCGUGCUCCGGGUCCAGCGCUCAAGCGUCGCGCUGUGCCGGGAGAGCGCCGCCAUGUCGCUCGAGGACAUCCACGGCGCCACGGCCCGCGGGCUUGCGGACCAGCUGCAGGCCCUCGGCUUCGACGUCGACUCGCGCAGCAUUGGCCGGCUGUUCCCCCACCAUGUCGGCCACUACAUCGGGCUGGAUGUGCACGACUGUCCGGGAUACAGCCGCAGGGAGACGCUGCGGCGGGGGCACUGCGUGACCAUCGAGCCUGGGGUUUACGUCCCCCGCGACGACCAGUGGCCGAAGCACUUCCACGGCAUGGGUAUCCGCAUCGAAGACAGCAUCUGUGUCGACCAAGACUCGCCGUUUAUUCUCACCACAGAGGCUGUCAAAGAGGUGGACGAUAUUGAGGCCCUGCGGCAGUGA